AAGGGACACGAGAGACAGGCAGGGCGGAUGUAGAAAGGAAAUUGCGGAACUCUAUUUUUUACAGUUAGCGAUUUCAAGCCGAUGCUAAUUAUGUGUAGAACCAUCAAGAUGGCGCUGUCCAGGGCUAAUUCGUGCAGGAGGUAUUUGUUGUUAUUAGCCCAAGAUAAUGUAGAAUUUAGGUUACCGGAAAUUAAAUCCUUGCUUUCCGUUUGUGGCUGCCAAUUCCAGUCUCCACAAGAAUUCAACAUAAAUAGUCCGUUUUUGGUUCUUGACAUCCACAAUGAAGAAAUUGCCAGAAGAGUGAUGAAACGAACUGUCUGUGCAAAGUCAUUGUUUGAAUUAUGGGGACGGGGGAGUACAGCACAGGAGUUGCGGGCUUCACUAACGAGUUACCCAGCUGUGCAUAUGAAACCAUUUCUUCAGAGUGAUUCAACUUACAGGAUCAACAUUUGCACCUUCAACAAAACAUUGUCACAAGCAGAAAAAAUUAAAAGAAUAGAUGCUUUAGACUAUCUGCCAUUUGAAGGAAAAGUGAAUCUGAAGACUCCAGAGCAUAUAUUCUGUCUGCUGGAAGACUAUGGGACAGACCCAAAUGAUAUUCCUGAGGAGCCUUUUCACAUUUAUUUUGGAAGAUGGAUUGCUGAUGGCCAAAGAGGACUUAUAGAGUCUUAUAGCAUCAAGAAGAGACACUUUAUUGGAAACACUAGCAUGGAUGCCUGCUUGUCCUUUAUAAUGGCAAAUCACGCCAAAGUGAAAGCAAAUGACUUGGUCUUUGAUCCCUUUGUUGGAACAGGUAGCCUGCUUGUCUCAUGUGCUCAUUUUGGAGCUUAUGUAUGCGGUACAGACAUAGAUUACAAUACCAUUUUUGGGCAAGGUAAAGCAAGUAGGAAACACCAGAAGUGGAGAGGACCAAAUGAAAAUAUCAGGGCCAAUCUUUGUCAGUAUGGCCUGGAGAAGUUUUAUAUAGAUGUCCUAGUAUCGGAUGCAUCUAAACCAGUAUGGAGGACCCAUGCAUUAUUUGAUGCAAUCAUCACAGAUCCUCCGUAUGGAAUAAGGGAAUCUACCAGAAAGACUGGUUCCAGUAAAGAAGUUGUAAAGUCAACAGUAGAAUAUGCAGAAAAUCAUGUUCCUGCUUCUGUGACCUACCAUCUGGGUGAUAUCUUUGUGGACCUCUUAAACUUUGCUGCAAAGCACUUAGUCAAUGAUGGACGCUUAGUUUACUGGCUACCAGUGUAUAAACCUGAAUACACAGACCAGAUUGUACCUCGGCACCCAUGUCUGAAACUUGUUAGCAACUGUGAGCAGACACUUUCCAGUCAUACAUCAAGGCGACUGAUAACAAUGGAGAAGGUGAAGCAAUUUGAGGACAAAGAUGAAUAUGCUCACCUCACAGAGGCUGAAUACAGCUCAUAUAAGGGGCAUAAUGCAUUCCGAAACAAGUAUUUCAGUGGUGUGAUGAAGAAGAUUGCCCAAGAAGAAAACAAAAACUGAAUCAAAUUCCCUGAGACUUGUUCUGCAAAAGAUCCUGUUUACAGUGUUCAUUUUUGAACUUUUUUAUUUAAAAUUUUUACUAAAGAAUUUUUAAAAUAAUGCUUAUGUUUAUGUAUAACAAUAAACAUUUUUAAAUAAACA